AUGAAAAUUACAAAACUUUUGAUUUUUAUAUCCACAAUUUCCAUCUUAAACUUAGCAAUCAGCACCAAAUCUAUAAACAGUGAUCAACAUUUGGCUGAAAACAUCUGCAGAAUCACAAAUGACAUUAUAAAAUCAACAAAUGACACUCAAGACAUUCUUAUUGGGAACUUAGGAGGCAUCAUUUGGUCAUCUGCAGUUAACGAGAUAAUCAAAUGCAUUGCUGAUGAAACAGCUGUUGUAUUCACUGAUUUGAGGAUUAAAAUGAUUAAUUCAAAUCUGAGAAAGGCAGCAGUUAUAAUCAUGGCUUUCGAUAAAGUUGAUGGGGCAAGUAUAAAUGAGGAAAUCGUGUCAAAACUCAUCAAUCACCACCAUGGCUCAUCAAUCUAUCAUCACAUGGCUAAAAUAAUCUGCAUUAUAUUCAGCACAUCAACACAAAGUCAAAGAAUGCAAGCAUUAAAAUAUUUCAUUGGAUUUGGUCACUUAAACUUUGCAUUAGCAUACAAGUCUUCGUCUGGAGACGUAAUUUAUGAAAUUGUCAAGUCGCUCCCAAAUCGAGGAUGGCUGUUUAACAGUCCACAAAAUUUCUUACUUAUUUUUCCUGACAAAUUGAAGAACUUGAACAAAUUUAAGUACAAAGUUCCGAUUUUUUAUCAACCGCCGGUUAUUGAAUUCACAAAAAAUCCAAUUUUCACUCCAAUGUUGUUUUUCUUAAGUGCUGUUGGUGCUGCACAGAAUGCUGAAUUUGAUUUGAUAUUUUUGCAGAAUUCGUCUGAUUUUGUCACUUAUUGGCAUAAUCGUCAGAUGCACUUGUCCUUAAAUACUGCCAGAGUGCUGCAAUAUCCUGACCCAAAAGUUCAAACUUAUGACAAAAAGAGCUAUUGUGCCUUGAUUCCAUUUCCUCAAACAGCUUCAUACUUCAGUGUCAUUAUUGUCAAGCCAUUCGAUGUUCUCAUUUGGGUCUUCUUUGUUCUCUCGAUUGUCAGUUCUGUUGCUGUCUGGCGGAUGUAUCAAGAUUGUGGUGCUGUUGAUUCCCAUUGGCAGCUUGCUGUUGGUGUUUUCACAAUGUUCAUCGGUCAAGGUGCUGAAUUCUCACGUCAUAAUCGUUUUGUGUUUGCUAUGUUACUCAAUAUCAUAAGUUUAUCAGUGUUCCUGCUUAGCAACUUGUAUGAGGGUGCCAUUACAUCCUUCAUGAUUGAACCAGCUCGUGACAACCGAUUGAAGACUGUUGAUGACUUGUUGAAUUCGGACUAUCAGUUUCAAGCUAGUCAGUUAUUUGAAUACACAUUGAAGAACUCGAGUUUGGUUCAAAGAAUGUCAUCGAGACUAAACUCAUCAGGUCUCCAAAUGGGAACUAAAGGUACAAAGCAUGUCUUUGGGCAAUAUUAUGUCUUCAUAAGAACAUGUGAUGAGGCUAGAAUCACUUUAAAUCACAAGCUUUUAAAUGGUCAACUUGUCUCUGAUUAUUAUUAUCUGUUACCAGAAGAGCUCUCAUGGCAGUAUGUGCAGCUAGAAGCAAGCUACUUAAAUCCAUUUGUAGAGAGGAUCCAGUACUACAUGGAUUUGUGUUUUCAAGCAGGUUUGCCACAUAUGUGGCGGGUUAUGUCAUCUCAAGAUUACUCAGAGAUUAUCUGUCCACAAAGUAGAGAUGAGAGAAAUACUUGGAACUGCAGGAUCUUAGAUCAGUCUUUGGAGUUCUGUUGA